AUGUCCUUCACAUCACUCACUGUAACCGCCAAAUCCCGACGUCAUCUCCGUUUUCGUACGAUAAAGGCCGAUUUCCCCGAGAAUACUCUGGCAUCGUUCGAAUCUGCUGCCCGAGCGGGCGCGGACGGCAUUGAGACUGACGUGCACAUCACAUCAGAUGAUUACCUCCUGAUGUUCCACGACCCUGAGCUUGGGAGAACGACUCAAGGAGGAAAAGGAAGUAUCAAUGCGCAACCUUACAAGGGAAACAUCGAGUUUCUGAAAACGAACAAGUUGCCCGAACAGCAACUUCCAACCUUUGACGAAACUAUCGAGUGGCUUGUCAAGCCCGAAAACCGGCACAUCACUUUGCAUCUUGAUCUCAAAGCCAAUAAUCCGCCAGAGAGGCUUUUCACUCUCAUGCGCAAGACUUUCUCCCGUUAUGUCGACUGGGAACAGAAUAUCGGCCCACGCAUCGUCCUUGGUAUUUGGCAUCCCGCUUUCAUGCAACAUGCAGUCAGAAACCUUCCACAGCUGAAGCGAUGCUACAUCGGAAUAGAGAUUACCCUCGCGUCGAACCCUACCUUCUGGGAUAACUGUCACGCAUUUUCGAUCGCAUAUCCAAUUCUUGCUACGUCCACCGGUCAAUCCUUCCUUAGACAGUGCAAGGAUGCGAAGAAAGAAGUCUAUACCUGGACGUUGAAUCGACAGGAGGAGUGGGUUGAGAGUGCAGGGUGGGGUGUGAAUGUUGUCAUGACGGACAAGCCCAUCGAGUAUUUGGCGUUUAGGAAAGAAAUGGAAGAAUCGAACCAUACAUUGCAACCUAUCGAUCCUUGGUUCGCCUGGAAAAACUGGACAUAUUACACCUUUGCCCAUUACGUUUACCGUUUAAUAAAAUGGAGGACACUCGAGCGUCUUGGAGGACCACUCAAGCCCUAUCUCAGUAACAGCAUUACUCCACCACGCAGAACUUUAAUUUCGAAGCAGGAGUGA